AUGACUAAUAAGCAGAAGAAGCAAAACGUCGGAAUCCAAUCAGCUGAUGGAAGAAACGUGGACAGCGGUCGGACCACCGAUUCAGAAAAGUCGAAGAAUCUCCAUCGACCGACCAAAGAGGCACCAACUUCCAAGCAACCGGUCAGGGAGGCAGCCACUUCCAAGCGUCGGUCAAAUGGCUUCUGGCUUUUCGCAGUCAUUCGCAGGCUCAUCCGAUGGUUCUUCUUCUUUGGAGUUGUUGUGCUUUCUGUGGCUACGAUCACGAUUCUGAUGAAUUGUGCUGAUGGUGGGAAACAAAUUGUCUCAAGCAAGCCUCUGUGUGCUGAUCUAACUCGUCUUUCGCAAUUUACAAAGCCAAGCGAUAAGUUUUCUUCCAAUGUUUAUUCGACUUAUUCUACCGUCAUUCGAGGAUAUCGUAACAAGUCUCAACAAGUUUACAACAACUUUGCUCGCAGCGAAUGGGGUAGUGUGGUUCACAAAUGGUUUCACAUUGUGCACAGCAAGGUUGUCGAAUGGAGUCUUCUGAUCUGGCGUCAUCUGAACAACAUUUUUGAUGCUGUCAAUGAUUGGUACAAGCGUGAAGGCGAGAAAACUUUUGGGGGUUUUGUCAACGGAUGCAAAUUGGUUUUGAAAAUGGUUUGGGAAGUCGCCAAAGAUGUCACAACACUCUGCCUAGAGCUGUUAUCCUCAGCAUAUCUUCGCUGCAAGAACUUUAUGGGCACCGCACAAACAGCUGGUUUUUCGAAGGCAUUCGAGGAACUUCUCCGUCAU